AUGGAAGAAAAGCAGCACCAAGACGCAAGGACGAGCAACUCAACUCGUUCGUCUUCUCCAUCACCCUCUACACUCCUGGUCAACAUCUCAGUCGCUGUCAUGGUCGCCAAUCAGCUUGGUCGUAGGGCCUCAUGGCUUUCUACCGGUGCCGUCUUUGCCAUGUGGACCAUGUUGCUGCUUGCAGCGCCCUCAUCCGCAUUCGAGCUGCCCUCGUUCCUCAAGUCGACCAUCGCCGCGCAGAACGUCAACAACGUCAACCGACCCACGGGAGCCACAGCAUACCAGGCCAAUCAGCCUUACGACGGGCUCGAAUUUCCGCUUGUGGGACGCUUCGUCUUUCGACCCGCCCUCUUCUGGCUCGAAGGUGGUGUGCUAGGCUUCUGCUUGCUCUUCAUUCUCAUUCACCUCGUAGGCAAAACUCGCAAUCGUCAGAUGGCCAGCAAGUUUGCUUCGGCUGCUCUUCCCGUCCUGGAGCAGGAGUUUGCCGUGAUUGCCAACGAUGAGGGCAAAGGUCACCUGCUCUGGAACGGUGGGAAUGAGGCACUGAUGUUUGCGUCGGGUCGAAGAGGGUGUGCCAGCCUACAGGUGACGUUCGACUUGAUCCCGCGACACGAUCCCAUGGAGAUCCUCUUCGCAUUCGUCAAGGACACCGUCACGGCUUCCAUAACUCCUUUGCGCGACGCUAUCACCCUGACCUUCACCCUGCCGACCACUGCGGACAACGUCUCGGGUGUCUUUGCGCUCGUCAACAAGGGUGCCUUGCAGUACACUCGCAGCGGUCGAUUCGAUCUCACCUUCGCCAAAGUCAUCGACUCGGACAGCGCCGUCACAUCGCGCGGUCUCUCCAAGCAGUGGGCCAUCAUGAGCGAGGCUCCUGAGCUCACCGAUGCCUUCCUCGGCGAGCCGGAUCAGAAGGGCGUUGCACAGCGAACCAAGCUCGGCCUCGUCGACCUGCUCGAGGGUAAAGCCGGUGCGUUCCUCGACAGCCUCGUCCUGACCGACCAGCCUUUCAAGCGUCCCACCAAAGGUCCCAUCCCAAUUGAACAGCGUCAGCGUCUGCUCACCCUGACCCUGCAAGCACCCAAGUCGACCGCCGACGCCCACAAGGCGAUCGAGCUCCUCCAAUUCGGCUGCAAUCUCGUCGACGCUCUCGACCAGGGCGUCGUCAAGCUCCGCAACGAAACCUUGAACAAACUGCGCAAGACGCGUGCACAGGUCGACAAGGAGCUGCUCGACGAAUCCACAAAGGAGCAGCGCGAGGCGGAGCAGGAGGCCCGGGAAGAGGCAAAGCGCAAAGCCGAGAAGGAGAAGUUCGACAAGCUCAGCCCGGCAGAACAGGCCAAGCGCAAGGAGGUCGAGAGGAAGCGUGCCAUGAAGAAGGGCUCGCAGAAGGUUCGAUAG